AUAUGCGGCAGCACCUUCGGAACGUCCAAUAAUCACGACGCCAUUUCAACUUGGAAUCGAUUCCAUCACCCGAACCUCAACGACAGCCUUCAUCAGCCUACCACCGCCAUCAUGUCGUCCCAAGCGGCCAAAGCCGCCAACAAUGUGGUCAGCAUCGCCAAGGUACGACUCAUGAACAAACCUCCGAACCCAAUGCCUCCCAAUGGCCCCUCGACCGCAGCCCCUACGUUCGAAUUACCUCGCACAUCCAUCAUGAAAGCCAAUACAUGACACACAGCCGCUAACAGGACCUCUGUCGUACAGAAGCAAACCCUCCAGUCGACGGGCAUCUGGGAGGCCUUCCGUCGCUUCAUGGCCAUCGAUCCUGAGCGAUCCAACGGUGUCCCUCUGAACCCUCACUUCCGAAACCCUCCACCCGGCGCCAACCCUCCUCUCGAGUACGACGACCCAGUUACGCUGCCCGCCGGCGACAUCGCCGACAACCCCUACUGGAAGCGCGACAACCGCCGAAACUACCCCCAGCUUAGCGUCGUCAACCAAUCCCAGUUCGCCCAGCUCCUCACUGUCGGCAGCGCUGCGGCUCCCAAGGUCGAGCUCAUCGGUGAAGCUGGUGAGAAGCAGCUCGUGGCUGUCAAGCAGGAAUCCGAGACUGGUUUGGCAAAGGCUCUCGAGAAGGCGACCGAUGCGACCAAGGAUGUGUUCGUUAAUGGUAUGCCUCCUCUGCCCAGUGGCCAGACCUUGGUAACUGGAAAGUGGGAUGUACACAAGUAUGAGGUGACAGAGACAUCUUAUGGUGAAGGAUACCCUUGCAGAUCGUUCAAAUAAAUUAGAAGCGAAGAGGGUGGUUGUGGAUACAAAUUAUGAGGUAGUGAGGGUAUAGAAUUUCCAUUGACAAUGCAGAUGAUGUUCCUUUUUCAAGUAUGAAAGUCUUUGAUACCGAUGUUCCCGAUUUCAGCCUUCAUACCCCAAACCAAACUCCGAAUCCAUUUCCGAUGUUCUCAGGCUGCUGGUGAUGCUCCUGAUGUCUCUCUUCCACCACUGCCAGCCAUCUUUUCGACAAUCUUGGCCUUUCCUUGUGCCCGUUUCACCCGGUCAUCGAAAUCUUGAACCGCAUCAUCCGAGUUCUCCGUCGAAAGUGUAUCUGGCUCUACGAGAGCAUACAAAGUGUUGAUGUUCUUCUCCAGUCUUGCAUUCUUGGGUAGUGGUGGUAAUGUGCAAGCCUCUCCUGAGGUAGUACCGCCGUUGUGUGGUAUUCGGUUCGCCCAUACGAUAGCUUUACUGGCAAGACGGCCACUUUCGAGGAACUUCUCAAAGCCCUUUUGCAUACCAAAAGAUCGUCCUUCAAUCCGCCCAGCCUGAACGCCGUCUUUGAUGCCUUGUUGGUAGCCUUCUGAGUAAAAUCGCUCUUCGAGGUUGAGGACAUCCUCGAAGGGAUCAGAGGAGUCUAUUUGCCUUGUUUCCAUGGUAUCUGUGUGCGAUCUUUGGGUUGUCUUGACUCACUGACUGAUUUGUAAGUGAGUUGAGAGAGUGAGUGAGUGAGUGGCAGAAUUUGCGUCACCGCCCACUAAUGGCGGGGCAGUCAAACUUAUUACAACAGUCUAGAAGGGUUCACUCAUUGCAACACAAUCACUGGCCAACAUGAAUUUGUACAAGUUGCGUAGUAUUUACUACAAAAGACCCCUGAGAACACCUAACUUCUAUUUUCCUUUACUCCGUGAUGAAACCCUCUAUUGCAUACCAAAGAUCAUACCGCCGUUGGCGCAAAUGACUUGACCAGUGCACCAAGCACUCUCAGGGCUAGCAAGCAUAGCGACGAUGCCAGCAAUCUCAUCAGCUUCACCUGCUCGACCGCCGGCAGUCUUGGCCUCCUCGACGACCUCGGGAUCGUCAAUGCCAGGACGAGCAGCCAUGAGAGGCGCAUUCUGGAUGAAAGGCUUGAUGAGGCGUUUGAACUCGUCUGAGUUGCGGGAGUACAUCUCAGAGCGGACGGGACCAGGAUUGAUGGCGUUGACGGUAGCUCUCUCGCUGAACUCACGGGCCCAAGUUCGUGUCAUAGCCUCGAGAGCAGCCUUGGUGCCGCCGUAGACACUCUGGCCAACAAAACCGAGACUUGCGCUUACACUGCUAAGGUUGAUGAUACGGCCGGAGCGGUCUGUGGGUAGGUAAGGGUGUGCGGCCUGGACGAGAAGAAGAGGGCCAAGUACGUUGACGUUGUAGCUCUUUGUGAAGUCCUCAGGCUUGAUGUCAGGGACCUUGUCAUUCUUGAGAAAUGAGCGAAGCAGGACCUGACACUGUGCCGAGGUCUGCUUGCACGGGAACGACCUUGAUAGAAUGCUUGGAGGACAGCUCAGAAGCAAGCUUAGCUGUUGAAUCAGCAGAGCUGGCGGAUGUGUAGGCGAGGACGAGGUUUGCGCCUCGGGCAGCAAGGGCUUUGGUAAUGGACAGGCCAAUGCCUUUUGAAGUCAGUAGAGCUCAGUUGGUCGUAGAAAAGGUAAGAGAGCAUACCCCGAGAAGCACCAGUGACAAUGGCAAGCUUGCCAGUAAGAGGAAGAGCCAUGAUAGUAAUGUGUUAGUCUAGUCGGUGGUGAAGUGAGGCACUAUGAGCCGGGUAUCAGGACAACAGAAGAACGCAGAUUAAAUGGGGAAAAGAACACCUGGUCUAGAAGACGGGAACGACAACUGACGAUGAUCUCCUUAUAUAUUUAUUUAUCUAUGUCCUUAGACCGUUCUUGUCGUGGUCCUCUUGCACGCUACCUUAGUUUACACAACUGGCACAACUCAAGAGUCCACUGCAAUUGUCGCGCCAAUAGAGACAAAGCACCAACUAAUAAUCCACCUUCUGCUCGAGU